AUCAAAGAGAGUCUGUUUGAUCUUGGCUGUCUUCUUCCUUCUGUAAAUGAAAUACUGAAGUAACCUUCAUCAGAAAAUGAUGACAAAAUUGUUUACAUAUCAUAAUAAUUUGAUUUAGCACCCUUCUUCCAAAAAGCACACCCUCUGGAAUAAGUGCCCCCAUCCCCCCUGUUUUAUGUCAGAAAGUUAGAAAGGUGAUGAUGUUUUGCUAAAACUUCACUUGUAAUUUCAUGCUUGCACAAUUGAUCAUUAUUAUUACAUGUAUUGUUAUUAUUUUUAAGCUUGUCAUUAUUUUUAUACUGGCCUUUGUCAAGCAAAGGGUCAAAUCUGAACUUCAAAACUACAGUGGAUAUCCUGGUUUGCUGAUGUGAGUACAGAAAUUGAUUAAUAGAGCAAAAAGGUCAAGGCUUAUAUUGAAGGUCAGCAACAUAUAGUCUGAUCAUUGUGUACUUUUAAGUAGUUGUACCUAAGUCUAAGUGACACCCAGCUACAUGUACUUUUUUUCAAAAAAGUUGCUACUUGAAAUAAAGGCAAAGGGGAUGUGCUGCUGGUUUGGGUGGCAUUUUCAUGACUCUCUUAGCUACAAUGGGGUUACAUUUUCAUAGAGUUACUAGAUUGGGGACCAAUACAUUUUCAUGAUGUGGAAAAUUUUCCUACAUCAAAGUAAGGAUUUACAAAUAGGAAGGUUCAAAUUAGAUUGAAAUGUACCAGAAUAUUAAUGCACUGAAGAUGAAAAGUAAAGUGUUCUAAAUUCAUGUAAACAAAUGUGUUGCUUCAUUUUAGGAUCAUGACCUACUUAAAAGACUUGGGUUUAGCUAGAUAGAUGCACCUAUAAACAGAAAUUGACUAAGUUGGGAAAAAUUACUUUUCUGGUAAAGUGACUAACUUAGCAGAUGGGGUGUAUUGUUGGCCACAGAAUAGCCUAUAAUAGGGCAGGUAUUCCAAGAGGCCAGCAGCACAUGGGUAGACGGGAUCACAAAAAUAACACUUCCCGUAAAGUGACUCACUUAGCAAAUGAGGUGUAUAAUUGGCCACAGGGUAGACUAUAAUGGGGCAGGUUUUCUGAGAGGCCAGCGGACUUCAUACACAGCAAAAAUUGACCCAAAAACUCUGCCACCCCUGAUCUAUCAGGAAAUUGUGCCAUUUCAGUCAGAAUAUAAACACAUUCCCUUAUUGAAUGGGUUUAAUGGGAGUGUAUUUUUAAGUGAGCUAGUUGAGUGCCACUGUUUUACCAAUGUUUGUGUGGUUCCUUUCAGACCAUUUGAUUUUUUAAGUGAUUUUGGCAACAGAUUCACCUUUGCUGUUAUAUUUGGAGCCACUUCCAGCACAUGCCUGAAUAUGUUUUUACAACCAAAAAAUGGAAUUUUUCAAAUGCCUGACCCAGCUGGAUGGGUGCAGGGUAAGUGGUCAUACCAUGGCAACCUGAUUUUGAACAAAUUGAGUGUUUGUUUGUUUUGCUUUGUUUUUUCUCUCACUGUUAAAAUCAUUUUCAAAGACUAUAGUAGCUAUAGGUUAACUCAGUUGCUGUGGGCCAGUAUUAGUUUAUGAACAAAUUUUAAUAUAGUUAUAUGGAAUUUAACAUACAGUUUAAAUGACUAAGAGGAAAUACAUGCAUUGUCAGGGUUUUCAGGCAUUUGGUUUGUGUCUUAGCCAGCUGUUAGCAUCCGUGCAGUAUUUGUUGCAUUCUCCAGAGUUUGCAGCAGUACUCCUUUGGAUGUUAAGGCCCUGGGGCCGUCCUCAUCCAGUGGUAUACCUUAUCAGUGCAUGUGUUGUUGCACCAUGUGCCCGUGUUGUGUUUGCUGUUCUGUAGCAUGGGAUUCUUGUCCUUGAGGAUAGUGGUUCUCGGUGUUUCCCCCCUAAACCCUAAUUGCAGAGUUUCUUUUGCGGGGUCUAUUUCAGCAAGCUGCCAGUUUAGCAUUGGAUAGGACAGUUGGUGUUCUAGCACCUUGGGGUGUGACUGUAGUUGCAGCUCCUGGGCCCCUUGGGCACCUAGCCUCCAUUUGUGAUGGGGUGUGAACUUGAUAUUAAGUAAUUUAUUUGGAAUAUUUAGACAGGCUGGCUCAGUUUGGCUUUUAAAAGCAGGUGUAAAUGUGGGCCUCUAUAAAUGAUAACAAUGCCAGAUGACCACACUGGGAGCCACAUUUGUUACUCUUUGUUGAAGUCUGUCAGUUGUUUUACUCUUUAACUCUCAAGAUCUGAUUAUUAAUUAAUUCUCCCCUCAAGCUGCUGCACAUUUACAUAUUCAUCAGUUAUGAGAACUUUUCUGUUAGAUCAAGAAAACGUCUUCUACUUGAGAAGUUUUGGUAUUCUCAUCACUUGUUUGCAGGAUAAUGUGUGGAUAUUAUUGGGAGAAGUUACCUGUUAAUCAUUUCUGGGAGUUAAAGGGUUAAUGUCCCCUGCUUAUAACCAGUACAGAGAAGAUGUAGGAGAGUAUGGGGCCUAUGGUUUAUCAUCCUAAGCCAAGAGGACUAAAACGUCUAACCAUUUGCAGAUGAUGUAUCAAAGGCAGCACAUUCCCCUCAGUUAUUUUAAGACCCUGAGUGUUGUUGUGGUCUGGGGGUUGAACCCUCAACUACUAACACAGCCAUAACACCUUCACUAUAUAAAAAGAAAUGACAAGGACACAUCCAAACUGAUCGCUAGGUACUUUAAUCUCCCUAAUCAUUCUGGGCGACAUAUGGCACUUUGUGGCCUUUCCCUACAUCUAGGUAGUUUGAAGGGUCGCAAAAAACUUCAGAACAAAAGUUAUCUCUCAAAUAGGCACUCUUAAACCCCGCUGUAUCAACAACUAAUUUAUUCUUGUUUUCUCAUCACCAUAUUCCUGCCAAUAGCAUAGCUCCAUUUUCUGCCUAUAAAUACACACACAACUCACAGUUCCUCUAACUGCUCUGAUGAAGGGCUAUUGCACGCAAAACGUCAGCUUUUAAACUCUAUAAAGUGGCCAAUUUCCAUUAUCAACUCAACUCAGUCAAUAAUACUAAAUUACCCUGUUAUACUCUCCCACUGAUGCAGCACCACAGUUUCUAUACAAACUUACCCCCUUUACCUGCACAGCAGUCCAACACUCAACAUGAGCUAGCAGAAAAAAAAAAUAAUUCCUCUGUUUUAAUUAGUUUUUCAGAAUAUUGUCGCUGUUCUUGUGUACAGGAUCCUGUUCUACCCAUUUUUUGCCUGUCUGACAACUGACAACAGACUGGUUGGGUCCUUGUUGGGUUUUCUUUAUGUUACAAUCAGGUGA